AGACCAGCGAUGAUUUGGCCUGUAUUGUUCACUCUGCAAGCGGUGUGCGCCAGCAUGUCACAUGCCAUGCAACAUUACCCGGCGGCCUGGGGACACUAUGACGUGUGCAAGUCCCAGAUCUAUACAGAGGAGGGCCUGGCGUGGGACUACAUGGCCUGUCAGCCAGAAGCCAACGACAUGACAAAGUACCUGCGAGUGGCCCUCGACCCCCCAAAUAUCACGUGUGGAGAUCCGCCUGAAACGUACUGCGCUUUGGAGAAUCCUUAUAUGUGCAACAACGAAUGUGACGCCACCACGAAGGAGCUGGCUCAUCCUCCAGAGUUGAUGUUUGACUUUGAGGGUCGCAACCCCACAACGUUUUGGCAGUCCAGCUCAUGGAAGAAAUACCCAAAGCCCCUCCAGGUCAACCUCACGCUGUCGUGGAACAAAACCAUCGAGCUGACUGACGACAUCGUACUGACCUUCGAGUCAGGCCGACCGGAGCAGAUGGUCCUGGAAAAAUCCCUCGACUACGGCAGGACCUGGACCCCGUACCAGUUCUAUGCAACCGACUGCCUGGACGCGUUCACCAUGGAACCCAAGACGGCCAACGAGCUCACCCAGCGCACCCUGCUGGAUAUCAUCUGCACUGAGGACUACUCCCGAGGCUAUGUGUGGAAGAACGACAAGACGGUACGUUUUGAGAUCAAGGAUCGCUUUGCCCUCUUUGCCGGGCCUCGGCUUCACAACAUGGCCUCGCUGUAUGGCCAGCUGGAUACCACCAAGAACCUGAGGGACUUCUUCACCAUCACUGAUCUGAGGAUUAAGCUGCUGAAGCCAGCCACCGGAGCCACCAUGGUGGAUGAGAAUAACCUCUCCAGAUACUUCUACGCCAUAUCUGACAUCAAAGUGCAGGGCAGGUGCAAGUGUAACCUGCAUGCCAACAGCUGUGUGUUUGACAAGGGGAAGCUGGGCUGUGAGUGUGAGCACAACACCACAGGGCCAGACUGCAGCCGCUGUAAGAGGCACUACCACGGAAGAGCCUGGAGUGUGGGCUCCUACCUCCCUAUCCCCAAGGGAACAGCAAAUAUAUGUAUCCCCAGCAAUCAUGGACCAGAGCAUCGAGCAAAUGCUUCAUCUCUUGGUGUUGCAAAUCGUAACCAAGCUCGGGUGUGUGACAACGCGAUGCUGCGCUGUCAGAACGGCGGUUCUUGCCACCACCAUCAGCGUUGCCAUUGUUCCCCCGGCUUCACGGGCGUCCUGUGCGAGAGAGCUCGCUGCCAGGGCCCCGGGGAGUGCGGUGACCAAUUGUCAGGACGGGCCUCCGUCCAUCACCCCGCUAUCAGCCGCCAGCUCGCUCUUACCCUUGUAGUGCUCCCGCUAUUGAUUGUUUCCCUCUGCUGAGAGACCCGAACGGCCUCUCAUCCUCAACCAAAACCCUCAGACCACCGAUGUUGAGACUGAACUCUCAACCUUAAGGACAUAAAGGACAAAGGAUGUGUGGAUAAUGUGCUCAGCAUAUAAUAUAAGUAACUCUUUUGUAUAUCAAAGGCCACAGUAGUGGAAGACAGAGUGUGCGCUGAUCGACUGUACUGAAUGCUAGAUGGAUUUCUGAAAGGCUUGGUGAAGUCACUGCUGUCCUAUAAUGUCUCAGAGGAAGCGGUCGGAGCCCUCCCUUUGUGAUUAUGUCAUCGGCUGAUACUUUAUUAACGGCAAACUGGAGACUCAGACAGAGCUACCAACACUCUGAGAGCAACCUGUACAACACUAGACACAUGAUUUCUAAGUAUCAUCUGAACUUAUUAAAAAAUAACAAUGUGGACGAGGGACAUCUUAAAACAUCUUUCCUCACUGCCUCCUUCCUUACUUGCCUCCUUCUUCUCUCUUCUCCUCACUCUUCCCUUCACCUUCUCCUCCCUGUGCUUUGGUGACUCUGGUGAAUUUACUUUGCUGAAAGGGUGUCUGGUUUUGCCAAAUGCUGCACAUGUAUUAUUAUUAUCAAUAUUAUCAAGCCCCUUGACAAGAACCAAUCGAAUACCUUUUCUUUUUCGGAUGCUUUGUAGUCACGCUUGAGCUCACAAGUUGUAACAUACUGUAACUGUAUUUAAUUUUUGUAUAAAACAGAUAUUUUCAUGACUAAGCAGAACAAAAAGAUGUAUUACUUGUUUUCUAUUGCUGCCGACCUGUCCUUGAUGUGGACUCUGAGUACACAAAGAGUUUGGUUGUAUCAUUUUUUUGCUUGUGCGGCACAUGGUUCUCUUCAUUUGAGAGCUGCUGUCCAAACUAUGUUUACAGUACACACUUACACAAUACACUUCCACCAAAGGGAAAAAGAAAAACAUGUCUUUGUCUUGUUGUUGAACAGUAGUCAUUUUAUUAAGUCGUAACAUUUGAGACCAGAUGUGUGGCGUGAAACAGUGUAUUGUUUGUAGAUACGUACAAGCCGAUGACAAUAGCUCAAUGUCAUUUUAAAGGGAUUAUGAAAGCUCUAAAUACCAAUCGUUGACCUAUUCACUGAAACAACAGUUGCUGAUAGCAAUAUAUCAGUCAACAAAUGAAUUCCUAGUUGUACAACUACAGUUGUUUUUCUUUCCUAACGUGUUGUAACUAUCCUUGUGCUUAUAAAACAUGGGAGAAUCAGAAGAAUCUCAAGCCGGAAUCCCAUCUGCUUUAUGUAAAUUUAACAAGAAGACUUGGAAGAAAAAGAGAUUGCACGGCUGCCGCAAAGGUUGUCCAGCUCAAAUCUGUAAUCAAAUCUAAUCCUUGAAUCAAAUGGAAAGAGGGGAAGUUUUCUGAGCUGGUACGGUUGAAAGCCUGCAUCCUGCUGCGGGAGCCUCGGAGAAGCGACACGUUCAGGAAAUGAGCUUUAAUUCAUGAAGGGUCAAUGAAUCGAAAUGAAGUCGCUUCCCACCGGGUGACAUACUGAUCACGGAGACCAAUUUCAUUUGAGAGAUUCAUUUCCUUACCAAGGUUGUCAUAAAACACCUAAUUGUGUUAGAGUCUACUGUAAGUGCCUCUCAUUAAAUGACACUGUCUA